GCCCUGCCGAGCGACCCCGCUGGUCGGGUCCGUCCUGCAGUAAAUGCACAACCGGGACGGAAGUGCCUCUCUGACAGCGGACCCAGGCUCGGAGCUCCAGACGCUGGGACAGGCCGCCCGCAGACCACCCCCGCCACGCGCGGGACACGACACCCCCCGCAGGACCCGCCCAUCAGCCCGGAAACCCACGAGCUGCUUCUCCCGGAGGCCGAUGCCCACCCAGGAGCCCCCAAAGACUCGCGGCUCCCGGGGGCACCUGCAGACUCACCCGCCUGGGCCUGGGCCCCCGCUGCAAGGACUGGCGCCUGGAGGCCUCAAAACCAGCGCCCCCCGCCCUCCGUGCCAGCCCCAGCCGGGACCCCACAAGGCAAAGCCCAGGAAGAUUGUGUUUGAGGAUGAGCUGCUCUCCCAGGCCCUCCUGGAUGCCAAGAAGCCUAUUGGAGCCAUCCCUAAGGGGCAUAAGCCUAGGCCCCACCCAGUGCCCGACUAUGAGCUUAAGUACCCACCGGUGAGCAGUGAGAGGGAGCGGAGCCGCUACGCCGCAGUGUUCCAGGACCAGUACGGAGAGUUCGUGGAGCUCCAGCGGGAGGUGGGGUGUGCACAAGCAAAGCUCAGGCAGCUGGAGGCCCUGCUGAGCUCCCUGCCCCCACCCCAAAGCCAGAAGGAGGCCCAAGUUGCAGCCCGGGUUUGGAGGGAGUUUGAGAAGAAGCGAACGGAUCCUGGCUUCCUGGACAAGCAGGCUCGCUGCCACUACCUGAAGGGUAAACUGAGGCAUCUCAAGACUCAGAUCCAGAAAUUCAAUGACCAAGGAGACAGCGAGGGCUCUGUGUACUUCUGAGUGCCCCUGCAGAUGGGCAGAGGGCUGCAUGGGGAUGCAGGCCCCUUGCUUUUCUUGGUAUCUCCUCAGCCUUUCCUCUUGCAGCUCCCCCUACCAGGGGUAGCUUUCUCCAGGAUUGCAAAUGCCUCUUCAUUUUGGACUCGGCGCUGACAGCUCCUCCUCCAGGAAGGCCUUCCAGGUCUUCCUCCUCUGGGCCCUCUAGCUUUGACCCUAUAGGGACUCCAGAUCUCAACCUGUUCCCUGGAAGUAGGGCCUGCUCUCCAUCCCAGUGAAAUAAACAUGUAUUAGACACCUACUGA